AUGGCUCUCAAAGCCUCCUCGCCCAACGCUUCACGUUCCCCAUCCUCGUCCUCCUCGCCGCUCCUCACCCUCACUCUCGCUUUCAUCGCCUGGAAAUCCUUUAUUCUGCUGCUCUCCUGCGGCGGCGCCCUCGUCGGGCCCGGCUACGACACCUCCACCUCUCUCUUCUUCGCGCGCUCCUCCUCCUCCUCCUCCUCCUCCUCGUCCGCCACGCUCCUCGCGCGCCGCCUCACUCGCUGGGACGCCAUCUACUUUGUGCAUGCCGCGCGCGGCGGUAUAAACGGCAGCCGCGCGCCCGUCUACGAGCAGCAAUGGGCAUUUAGCCCCGCGCUGUCCCUCUUUUUGCAAUGGCUAGCUGCGCAAGCGCGCCGUACUAGUAGUAUCCUCGGCCGGCUUCCUCUCAACGACGGAAGAACCGAGGACGAUGAUUUGGAAGCGCUCGCGGGCAUCGCGCUCGCGCACGCGUCGCACGCCGUUGCCGUUUUUACCCUGCACCGCCUCACGCUGCUUCUGACCGGCGGCGACGCGCGCCGCGCGCUGCUCGCCGCGCUGCUGUGCGUCAUCUCCCCGGCGGGCGUGUUCCUCUCUGCGCCGUACGCCGAGAGCCCCUUUGCGGCGCUGUCCUUUGCGGGCGUGUGGGUGCUGGCGGCUGGCUACGAGGAUCCGCUCGGGAGCGCGCGUCGGAGCGCAGCGGUGCUGGCGGCGGGCGCGGUGCUCGGCCUCGCCACGGCGGUGCGCAGCAACGGCCUCGCAAACGGCCUGCUCUUUGCGGUGGAGGCGCUGCGAGCAGCGGGCGCGUUUGUCAAGGCGCCGGGGGUGAAGCUGGCGGUUGCGGCGGGCGUGGCGGGUGUGGGCGGUGUGCUGGUGGCGAUGGGGAGCGCGAUUCCGCAGUACGUCGCGUACACAAUCUACUGCGGCGGCGGCGGAGAUGAGCGCGCCGCUGUGAUGCGGCCGCCGUGGUGCGAGAGGACGGUGCCGAGCAUCUACAGCUACGUUCAAGACGUCUACUGGAACGUCGGCUUCCUGCGUUACUGGACGCCGAACCAGAUUCCGCUGUUUCUCCUCGCUGCGCCGGUCCUCACACUGCUCAUCGCCUCGGGAUACGAGGUGCUCCGCCGGCCAGCCGCCGGGGGGUUCGCGCUGUCGUCGCUGGAUCACCGCGUGCUCGUGCAGGCGCUCGCCGCUAGCCAGGCCAUAGUCGCGCUGCUCGCGCUCACGAGCUACCACGUGCAAGUCAUCUCGCGGCUGGCGUCGGGUUACGCCGUGUGGUACUGGUGGAUCGCGGCGUGUCUGAUGGACAAGUCCCGCCGGGGGGUUGGGCGGGCGGCGGUUAUCUUCAUGGUCAUGUAUGGGGGCAUACAAGCUGUGCUAUUUUCUACAUUUCUGCCACCGGCAUGA